CCAUGGGAGCGAGUGCUUCAAAAGAGGAACAUGCUACGGACAUAUUCAACUCAAUCCUUGAAGGUCAUGAGGAUAUUUCAAAUUUAAAUGGUCAACUAGACUUUUUGGAAUAUGAGAAUCUGGUAUUUGAAGGCGGUGGAGCAAAAGGGGUGUCCUACUGCGGAGCGGUCAGGGCUCUAGAGGAUGUAGGUCUUCUAAAGAACUUCAAACGUUUCGCCGGGACCAGUGUCGGCUCGAUAACUGCUAUGAUACUAGCAGUGGGAGGCAGCUCAGCUGAUGGACUAGCUGAGGCACUAUAUGACUUCCAGCAUCUCCUCCAGGACUCCAGUCGGUUGGUCAUGCCAAUCAACAUAUGCCGAUACUUCGGAUGGCACAAUGGCGACCGAAUCAUGAAACAUCUAUACGACAGAGUGGAGCAUCUUUCAGGCAACAGACAUCUUACAUUUGAGGGGUUGUACAAGAUGCGAGGUAUCGAACUUUGUGUUGUCGUAACGAAUCUGAGUAGCUGUUCAGAGGAAUAUUUCCACCCGAAGACCACGCCAGAUCUUCCAAUAGCUCUUGCAGUGAGGAUGUCCAUAUCGAUACCGGUUUUGUUUAAGCCCCAGAUAAGACACGACAAUAUGAGACAAGAGCGGCACGUCUACGUGGACGGUGGUUUAUGUAAUAACUACCCACUGGCCGCAUUUGAUGGUUGGUUUCUGAGCAUGAACAAAGAGGAUAGUUUCUUCCAUAUGAUAGGCAGCAAGGUGCCGAGGUUUGGCACGAUUAACAACAAGACACUGGGCUUGCUGGUGUUUGAUGCUCACGAAUCGGAGACCGACGAAGACGUAUAUCUAAAGAGGUACAGGGACAAGAUGCCGGAACGACCAAAGACUCACCUAGCAGUACGAAAUGGGAAGGCAGUUGACAAAAAGAUGGAAAAACUUCUGAGACGGUACAAAACUAUGGACGCAGCUAAAAACUUUCUUGAUCUGUUAUCAAAGUGUGACCUUGACCGGAGCGGCACGAUAUCACUCAUAGAGUUCAAACAGGCAAUUGAGAAGGUCAAGACAGGUCAAGUGAGCUCAGAGGAAUGGGAGCUUCUGUUUGGGGUCAAUCCCUCACAGAUGGACCCAGAGCAGUUGUUCCGUGAUAUUGACGUUAAUUCAGACAAUGAGAUAUCGUUCAAUGAAUUUCUCGCCUUCAUGGCGAAGAAGGGUGUUCCCCUACGUGAGAUGAUGAUAGAGGGCGUUCCACACAUGGACAUUCAGUCAGUUGGAAGCUUCUUCGCAUCAUUACUCGAGACCAACAUGUUUGUGAUGAAGAAACUACUUGCAAAGCCAGGCGACAGCGAUAGGAGUAUUGGUAUCUACACCGACUAUGUUGGGACUGUGGACUUCGCCAUGCAGAUGGAGGACAAGGCGUAUUUAGUCAAGCACGGAUGGUUAGCAGCUGUCGCCUUCUUAAGGGAGAAACUCAAAUCAAAGGGAAAAGUCGCCGGGGGAUCAGCAAGUGACUCGUACACAGUAAAAUGUGCCUAGCAUUGAAGUCCUUGUCAUGAGUGGAUGAUGUCAACAUGGUCAGCCAGUACUCUGGUCGGAGCACAGACUUUAGGCUGGGGAGAAACGUUUGAAAUUUCCACCUAGACAUGUAGCUGCCAUUGACAGCGGAAAUAAAUAAAUAUGGAAGCGGUUCUUUGAGCCCUACAGUAUGAAAGGGUUGCCUUACAUUGCGAAAGAGAGAAAAGUGAGCAGCUUCGUGAAGCAUUGCAGUGGGAAAGGAGCCAGAGGGAACAGGUGGAAAGAGAACUGCGCUAUCUAAAGCCGCAGCAAGUGCAGCAAGUAGCGGAGCCUCCAGCUGUCACUGCGAUUGUUCACCAUUAAUGAUACGAGAAUUGAUGCGACUACAUACAAUGUAGAAUGACUUAUCCCGGUGUAUCUGAUCACGAAACAUUUCACUCCAAUGAGAGGCGAUGCAUUAUAAACAUUUUGUAUGAAUAGAUGGCGACGCGAUGACAGGAGUACUCGGAUGAUCAUGAUUGACGCUUCGACGCAUCAAUUGUUUUUUUCCGUGCUGGACGCAGCGCGGCGAACAUUAACUAUACAAACUCUAACACAACACGCCUGCUUUGCUUCACAUACACUGCUAUAUGGCAAUACGUAAUCAGUUUCAAUGUGCCCUAGAAUUUUUUUGAGAAAUUAUGUGGAAGUGCACAACUUGUCAUCACUCACCAAUUUGGCUGCCGGCUAUGGACUUGCUGCUGGGUCCGUGAACGGUAUGGCUGCUCCUCUUAACACCUCGUCAAAGAAGUUCAGUUGUGACGUACAGUAGCAAUGUGUCCUGCAUAUUUACAAAAGAAGGCAUCAUGUAUGACAAUCA